AUGCACGCGAAAUGUUCAACUGUGCUGAUAUUAUUCUCGGUCAUACUUACCGCCAAUUCGGUAUUUUCCGAAAGUGGAUCAAGAAAAAACGGCCAAAAAGUGGUGACAGUGGGCGAAAGUGUUUAUGGACAGUCGGGCAACAACGAUUCAGAUUUUCUUCCCACAGCUGAUUAUGCGGUGACUUCAUUUAACGUAACAGAUGAGGGACCGACAAGUUCAUCAACCAGAGGGUUCUUAAUUGAAGACACAUCUACAUUUGAACCUAAUGGAAGGGCAGUUGUUUCCAGCGGCUCAAAACAUUCCAGUGACGCAGGUGCAAAUGCAUCCACCGGAAAUGCAACUUUAGGGGAAGAUCGAAUUCCGAGGGAUGAAAGUUUUGAUGAAAUCUCGAACCAAGGAAAAGAACCAGAAAAUUCAAAUAAUACAGAAAAUUUGGACAAAAUAUAUCCAACUUAUGCGGAAAUGGACAAAAUGCUUCUAACUCAGCAAAAUAGUACUUCGAAUCCAAUGAAAAUCAAUACCGUCAUACCAUUAAAAGAUUCUCAUGAUUCCUCCAACUAUGAAACUAUUAUGCAGACUGAAAAUUCAAAAGUGAAAGAAGUGAAUAGGUCCUAUUCGUUGGAAAUGAAUGAGAAGAAAGAAGAUGAAAGUAACAUCAGCACAACAACUUUUAAGGAAGACAUUUUGGAAAACAUUUUCACCGAAAAUGAAACUACAUUCAGUGAAAGGACCACUUAUUCGAUUGGGAAAAACCAGGAGAUUGGAGAUAAUAAAAGAUCUUCCAGCACAAUAGUGCCAAAUGAGGACAUUUUCAACAACAGGUUCACUGUGAAUGAAAAUGGAACAAAUAUAGUGCAAGAAAGUGAAGUGUUUAGUUCAACGAUAAGAAGUGUCACCAAUCCAAACGAGGUUGAAAAAAAUAUUGAAGAUAUCAUGAGCACACCGUUAGCACAUGAAAACAUUUUAAAGGACGGAUUCUCUAAAAGUGAAAAUGGACCAAAAAAAGCGGCAGAUUUUGUCAAUGACACUGAUGUGCUAAUCAAUGGCACUGAAUUUAGCUCGACGACAAGCAGUAAAAGUACUACCGAAUUGAAUUAUGAGAAAGAAGAUAAUGAAUAUGAAAGUACCACUAGUCCUACAUUGCUAGAUGAAAAGAUUUCGAAAAAUGUGUACUCUGAAAGUGAAAAUGGAGAAACAAAAAAAGAUGUGCCAGAAAAUGACACUGAUUUUAGCUCAACGACAGAAAGUGAAACUAUCAUCAAUUUGACAAAUGAGAAGAAAGAUACUGAAGAUGAAAAUACCACCAUCCCUACACUGCUAGAUGAAAAUAUUUUGGAAAACAGAUACAUCGAAAGUAAAAAAGGAGUAAUGAAAAACUAUAUACCAGUCAGUGACACUCUUUUUAGCCCUACGACAAAGAGUGAAAGUAGCAUCUAUUUGAAUAAUAAGAACAAUACAACCAGCACUACAUUGCCAGAUGAGAAAAUUUUCGAAAACGGGUUCUCUGAAAGUGAAGAUAAAGCAAUAAAAACGACAAGCGGUGUACCAGACAACAAUAGCUUUUUAAGGUCAACGGCAAUAGAUGAAACUGCCACAAACUCAAAAGAUGUAAAAGAAGAUACUGAAGAUUACAAUAUUGUCAGCACAACAUUGCCGGUUGGAAAUAUUUUGAAAAACGAGUUCUCUGAAAGUGAAAACAGUGACACUAUUUAUAGUUCAACGACUACCAGUGAAAGUGACUCUGAUUUGAAUGUGAAAAAAAAAGUGAACAUUGGGGAUGAAGGAAUCAAUAGUACAACCAUUGCUGAGGAUGACAUUUCUGAAAGCGAAUUUACUGAAACUGAGACAACAGAAAUAGAAACAAAUGAAUCUACAGAAAGCAGCAUCUCCAACAGUUCAGGUAGUGAUACCAUGGAUAACGUAAAUGUAACUGAUACUGCGCUAACAGGAUCAAAUUUCUUGAAUGACAAGCUGAAAAUUUCUACAAGUACUGUUGAUACAACUGGUAGCGAUGUCACCAAUGGUUUCUCAGAAUCAACUGUUGAUACCACAAACAACCCAUAUUCUACAGGAAAUAUGCAGGGAGCUGAUUCAUCUCAAGAUGUGGGAACAACUUCUCAGCUGGCCCAAUAUAGCAAGGAGGAAGUCAAAACUGUAGAUUAUGAAACAACCUUACAUUAUCCAUCUUCCACAACAUCAGAAAUGACUGUUGGAUUUUCAUUAUUAACUGGUAACCAAACAACGUCAAGUCCGAAUUUUAUUGAAACAACUAAAUUUGCUUCAACGUCAUCUGAUUAUCAGACGACAGCAACUCCUUUGGAAACAGGAAAAACUAAUUCAAUGUCUUCAGAAGUUCCAACAACAGUUACAAUCGCAACUCUUAUUACUACUGCCUCUGGAGAAAUUCCUUAUUUCUGUAAAGGUACUAGAAUAAUUGGUUUUGAAACCGAAGCAGAAAAAACGACAAUUAAAAUAAAUUGGAAACUUGAAUCCACGAGAAUUGACGACCGUUGUCAAUUGAGGAUCAACGUCUCCUGCAACUCUAUAAACAAUAAUUUCGAGUGGAUUAUUACUCAUCAGACUUCUCUAACCCACGUGAACGAUUCUGAACCAGUAAGUUACCUAAGUAAUCUAUCGGAAUAUACGAAUUAUAGCUGCACUGGUCAACUGUUCACCGACGUUGAAGAUCAACCUGUUUUGAGUACAGAAAUUUUCAAUGUCACCACAAAAAAGGAAGUUCCUUCAAGUGUACACGUCGAUAUAAGGAAUAUAACAGAUAGAGAUUUCUAUUUAGAAUGGAAGAGGCCGAAAAAAAUACCUGGAAACCUUCAAAUGUAUUACAUUCUUAUCAAGAGGAAAAGCAUUCAUUACAUAAGAGAGGAAUGUUCUACCGGCUCUAUAGAAAUGACCAUACCCUUCUCCAGCGAUAAGGAAGACGUUUCUUAUCAUUUUCCAUGGGCAGAACCAAAUCACCUCUAUGAGGUACAAAUUUUAGGUCAGGAUGAGGCUGGUAACAGCAAAGGAAUAACACAGAGGGGUGUCACUGAAAGCUCACCUUCAACAGAGCCCCUGAAUGUCACAACAACACUGCAUAACUACUCCAACCAUUGCAAGGAUGCAAACUACAACACAACCCUUCAACUAAACUGGGAAUUGCCUUGUAACACCAACGGAGAACUGGUAGAAUUCGAAAUAAAUAUAACAGAAAUUAUCUAUUUGGGCUCAACAUUCGAAUAUUCCGGAAACAGUAGGGUGUACAGGGUGCCGAAGAACUUGAAUAUACAGGAUGUGAAUUAUCAACUCACUGUUGAAAAUCUCAAUGCUUCGUGUGCUUAUGAAGUUUCAAUUGUGGCUGUCACUAGGAAUGAUUUGCACGGUAUAACUGCUCAUCACACUUCUCAACGCACUGUGGAUGGAUGUCCAUCGGAACCAAGCGAAAUCCGCUUCUACGUGAACGAUUCCAGUUUUUCCCUGGAAUGGAAGGAGCCAGUGGAUUAUUACGGCCCAAUUAUGGAUUAUAAUGUUCUUAUAACAGGAUCCGGCCCCAAACACGUCUUAUCGACAGACCCAACUUGUCCCACGUAUCCCUCGGUGCGUCUUAGAGAAAAGACCAACAAUACUUAUUUCACAUAUACUGACGCUCAGCCCAAUUUCUUUUACGAUUGCGAAAUUGAAGCGAGAACGUCAGCCGGAACAGGAAAUACCUCGGGAAUCAACGAAGUUGUAACGCUAUCCAAAGAGUCCGAGCCCAUCAGAAAUCUGAAAAUAACAAAGGUGGACGAAUUGAUAUCCUACGAUAAGUACGAAUAUUCGGUCCGAAUCAGUUUCCAGGAACCCUGCAAUACGAACGGUCCGUUCAGAUUUUAUAGGGUUGAGGAGACGGGAGCAAGACCGGGAUAUGAAGACGUAUACGAGGUGAUGAACGUGACCGGAAUCAGCUUCGAGAGGAUCUUGAGGAAGCCAGAUUAUCACUAUGAAUACGCCAUCAGCGUCGUUACUGAAAUGUUCGUUUCGUCGACCGUCAGAGGAAACCUGACAACGAAUGCUGCCAUACCAAUGGUGAAUGACGAUAAAAUAAGGUGUAUCGUGGACCAGGAAAGUCCGACCAUUCUGACGGUGGAGUUGAAAAAAGGGAUGUUCGAUGAUCGAAAUGGAGAAAUUAUUCGUUAUGCCAUUUUCCUGUUCAAGGGUGUGUUCGAAAAUGUAACUCUGUCGGAGCCAAGUUUUGGGAUUUGCGGUGAAACUUGUCCACUUGUGAACAAAACAUCCUACCCGUACAUCAAAGCAGACCAUAUCUAUAGGGUGAUCGAUAAUAAUUGGAAUCCUUUCUCAGAUGGGAAAGAUGAGGUGAUAAUCACUAUUGGUGAAAAAGAUCAUUGUAGUGAUCAAGAGUUUUGUCUGGCACUAUCAGAAGAUACUGAUUAUAUUGUUCUUGUGAGAGGUAUUACCAAAAAUACAUACCGGGACUUCUUCGUCUCCAUAAAAACAGGUAUAAGCCCCUCAAGUGCAAGUUUAAUUUUCAUUUCGUUCAUUUUAUUAUUGGUUGCGAUAUUGUUGCUUGGAGUAUAUUUUUAUUCGAGAAGACAACGUUUUUUCACCAUCAGAUUUAGAAGUAUCCCAAACACCGUAAUAGAAGAAACUUCGAACCUCAGAUAUGUUGUUUCUGUGAAAAAUUUCGUAUCAUACUAUAACAAAAUAGAAAGUGAUCCUAGUCUGUUAAGAAAGCAGUAUGAGGAACUCGAUGAGGAAAUCAAGAAGUACAAGGAGGAAAAUGUUCACACGACGUUCGCCUUGAAGCCAGAGAAUAAAAGGAAGAACAGAUAUACAAAUAUACUGCCAUACGAUGAAUAUCGUGUCAAACUGAACAUAGAUGAAGAUGAUGAAAUAAGCUCGGAUUAUAUAAACGCUUCUUAUAUAAAAGGAGCUAGUGGCGAAAUUGAAUACAUAGCCACACAAGGACCACUCGAACAUACAUGCAAGGACUUUUGGAAGAUGGUAAUUCAAGAGAACGUAACCGUUAUUGUGAUGGUUUCUCAAUUUGUGGAAAAAGAAAAGGAGAAAUGUUAUAAAUAUUUCCCCAAGAACCACGAGAACAUGAAGAUAUGUGAAGACCUUGAGGUGAAGUGUCUCACAGAACUACAAUUUGACACAUAUUGUGUGAGAACUCUAUUGAUCAAGAAGGAUAUUAAACAGUUCAGUGUUAUACAUAUGCAGUAUUUAGAUUGGCCAGAUUUUGGCUGUCCCACAGGUACUUAUAAUAUGAUAUCCUUCUGUGGCGAAGUGAGGGAUAGGAUACAGAUUGAAAGGGGUUUAAUGGCUGUACACUGCAGCGCUGGAGUAGGUAGAACUGGCACAUUGAUAUCCUUAGACAUUUUACUGCAAACAAUGAGAAGAGAAAAAGAAAUCAGUGUUUUUGAAUGUGUCAUGGAUUUAAGGAAGCAGAGAACACAUAUGGUGCAAACUGAAAAACAAUAUGUAUAUAUUCAUACAUGCCUGAAAGAUGUUCUCGAAAACUGUUCCUUAUAUUCAUUUGAUCACACGAAAAAAAAUGAAGAACACAUAUAUGAGAAUAUAUGGAAAAAUAAAGUUAAAGGUGAUAACAGUGAAGAAAAAGAAAGUGCUUUCUAGUAUUAAUAAAGUAUUACUUCUUUUCAAAAGACUGGUUUUAAGUGAGAAUACAGGGAUACAUCUGUGAAUACAAAAAAGAUCGAAAGUAUAUUAUGUAUGGUGAUUAUUUACUUCAGUAUUUAUAUUGAUUGAAGACUUGAGACUAUUUGCUUAGAGUUAUUAAAUAUAAGUAUGAUGUAUUAUAUUAAUAAAUAAUAAGAAAAUAAAAAAAUACACUUAAUAA